GUAUCAUUACAUAUGAAAUGCCUACUAAACAUUUACAUCUUUGUUCUUUAGUUCAGGCAAUAUCAGAAGAAUUAUCUUAUUGCUUUAAUUUAUUAAAUGCGAUAAUUCAUGGUAAACGUGAAGAUGCUAUAUCUGGAACCCCUAAAAAAUAUGUUAAAAUAUACACAGAAUGUUGGAGAUACGGUUCUAAGUUACGUCCAACUAUUCAACAAGUUUUCAAUCAUCUAAAUGACAUUCAUUACAAUUAUGAAGAAAUUAUUACAGAAUCUGUUAGAAAUAAAGAACAUAAAGAGAAACCUAUUUCAAAAAUAGAAAAUUCAAAUACAACAAGUUUAUUACAACAUUAUAUUGAUUUGCAAUAUGAAAUAAUCAAAGAAUUAGGGAUAAUCUCUUCGGUUAUUACAACCCUCCAAAACGCUUUAGCCGAAGAUCCUGUUAAUUCAUCUUCAAUUUUAAACUUUCCCGAAAAUGUUCCUGAAAAAAUUCCUUCAAUUAUUACGAAGCAAUUAUUCGAUAAUGAUUUAUUGAGAUUUCUUUUCGAUUUAAAUAAUUUAUUUAUAUCUCAAUUUAAUCUUCAAGGAAUUUCAGAAAUUACAUCACCUUCGAUUGUUCAUUGCAUACUAAAUUAUAUAAAUGAUAGUGACAAAUGUCCAUUUGAGGUUUUCAAUUUAUAUUAUAAUAAUCAAUUUAGAUUUUGCUUUACUGGAAUUAUUGGUUUCUUUUAUGAAUAUGGAAUUGGAACUAGUGUUGAUUAUUAUAAAGCUUUUGAUAUGUAUAAGAAAGCCGCUGAUGAAUUUCGUUUUACCUAUUCUUUAAAUAAGGAAGAUUAUUAUCUUAUUACUGAUGAUUUAUUAAAAGCAAAUCAAUUCAUUGGAUUAAUCUCUCUCGGUACUCUUUAUAUAUACGGAAAAGGUGUUUUAGUAAACAAACAAAAAGCUUUUCAAUUAUUUUUAAAAUCUGUUGUUAGAG